AUGGCUGAGCUCACAUCGACCAAACUCAAUCCCGACCAGCAUCUGCUGCUGAACUUUGCCCAAGCAAGACGACAUCUCGAAAAGACAUCGACCGAAACCCUUGCCGCCCUGAACGCUGCCGCUACCGCUGCUCCAUCAGCCACCCCCGACCACACUCUCGCCUCGCUCGACGCCAUGAUAGCCAAGGCCCAGACCCUCAAGCGCAAGUUGGAAACUCUCCAUGCCGAGGAAGAAUUGCUGCAUCGUCAUCAGCGAGCCCGCAUCAACCAUCUACAAGACCUGCACGACAUUCCCAACCUAGCCGACGUCAAGUACGAUGACUGGAGCAAAGUCCGUCUAGAUCGAAUGCUGGUCGACUACCUGUUGCGCCAGGGUCAUAUACAAAGCGCCGGUCAGUUGGCCAAGGAAAAGAAGAUCGAAGACCUGGUCGACGUCCAAGCCUUCAUCGAGUCUAGUCGCAUACAACACAGCCUGCAGUUAGGCCGUACCCAAGAAUGCCUGGCCUGGUGUUCGGAAAACAAGCAGACGCUGAAGAAGAUUAACAGCAACCUGGAGCUUGAACUACGCUUGCAACAAUUUAUUGAGCUCGUCCGAAGCGGAGACCCACAGAAGCUGAUCGAGGCCACGCUGCACGCGAGGAAGCAUCUGGGCACACACCAGAACGAUUCGUACGGUCUACGCGCUGGAGGCCUGCUUGCAAACCCACCGAACACCAUGACAGAGCCUUACAAGACCAUGUACUCGGGAGCUCGCUGGCAACAACUAGCCGAACUCUUCGUCAAGACACACCACGAAAUCUUCUCGCUACCGCCACGACCUCUUCUCCACACCGCUCUGUCCGCCGGCCUCAGCGCUCUGAAGACGCCAGCCUGCCACUCACAUUACGCUUCCUCAUCCUCGAAUGCUUCCUCGUCAACCACGUCUGUCUGUCCCAUCUGUUCUACCGAGCUGAACGAACUCGCCCGUACUGUUCCCUACGCCCACCACAGCAAGAGCUACGUCGAAGACGAUCCAGUCAUGCUGCCCAACGGCCGCAUCUAUGGCAGGGGCAGACUCAUGACUCUGAACGAAAAGAUAGGCACUGCCGAAGGCAAAGUCAGAGACCCCACCGAUCUGUCUCAAGAGUUUGACGAAAGUGACAUCAAGAAGGUCUACAUAUCAUGA